GAGUCUGUUUGCAGUCAGGCGGUUUUCCGUCGCUGCCAUGAAGUUGCCCGAUGAAAGAUCCUCUAGUCUAUAUAAACAACUGAGGCCAAACCAAGACAGUUUGGACAGCGUGGACACUUGCAGAUAUUAUGGACACAAAGAUUUUGUGGAACAGUAUGAGCUGUCGUAUCCCCAUGUUUCCUUUGGGAAUGUGUGGUUGUGUGGCAAAAUCUGUUCUCUGCUGAGAAAGUACGAUCUUAAAUCAAGUAACUUUUACUCUCUAAAAUGUUUCCCGUAAAGGCAGUAAUUAGGUUUUUCCUCAGAAUGCAAAUGGCACAGAAGAUUAGUCACAUAUGUGGUAAACAAGGUUGUCAUGACAUUGUCUUGAUGUGAUCAUACUGGAUAUGAAGUGUUCAAAGCUGUUGGAGAAGGGAGACACGCCAUUGUCUAAACGUGGGGAUAGCUGCGCAGACUUUCAGACAUCCGUAGUGUGGCACUCAACAACACUGACUUUAGACUUAGCCACGCACAUCUGACCAGUCACGAUGAAGGGGGGGUUAGUUGUCGCGUUCAGAAAGUUGAAAAAAUGAUAUCGCAGAGUGUCAGGGUCAAGAAGUCCUGCCACAGGUUAAAUAUCUCUCAGCGUGUGAGCAUUUAACAGCUGGAGGUCUGCUCACUUCUCACUAGAGUAGUAAAAACUUCUUAUUCUAUUUAUAUAUCGUUUAUUCUAUUCUUCAUGUUCAUUAAAUGAAUGUCCAUUGAACUUGUUCAGUCCUAAAAUUGCUCAGAAUGACAGAUAGUUUGAACACCUGCCGUCCAGUGACAACUGAAGACCCUGUGAAACAGUGGAAAGCGCCGGAAUAAGCCAGUUGAGCACGUUGCUGUCUGUUAGUGUGUACGUGCUGAGCGGCAUUAACCCUCUAACAGCAGGUGUUGCAGGUAUGAGAUAAAGUGAAAACAGAGUGCCGGAGAGAGAGAGCAGGUCACAUGAGGUUCAGUCUGUCAAACGUCCCCUCUGACUCCUGCCAGGUGUUUGUUCCCCUCACACACCUACGCACACGUUUAUUCUGUGCAAACCACAAAAUCUCGGUCUGAGAUUCACUUCCUAUUUUCCCGAAAUGUGAGUGAGAGUGAAGCUUUAACAGCAGCUCAGUGCAGCAGCAGCAGCUGUCCGGUAAGUUUGUCAAAUCUUCCCUCUGCAAUAAGUUAGAAUAAUGUGAUAAUAUAGAUUGUAUUGCAUUAUCUAUUAUUAUGACUGUAUUAUAGAGUAAUAAAGAAGUGUACUAUUAAAGCACCAGCAGAGGUUCCUCUGAUGUCUGAGGGGUGGUGAGAUGAUUAAUGGGAGAGGAAAUAAGAAAAAAAAGACCCAACCUUCUAAAAAAAACAGUUAUUGAAAUGAAAACGUGUGAGAAGUUUAGAGGGGAAAUUUUUUUGUGUGUAAAUCUGAUAAAAACUCAGACAUCUGAAACGUGGCGAGGAGAAGCAACUAUCAACCCUGCGUCAUGCCAAAGAGCAGUAGAUCUGGCAAAACGUCCCGCCGACAAGGCGUCCUCGAGUAGAUUUACACACUUUAGAGACAGUUUUCUACACAAUCUUAAUGUGUUGGAUUGUAUAAACUUAUUUAACUUAAAAUCUUCUUCUGAAGAGUAACUGUCAGUACAAGAGUACAAGUACAAAGCAGCAUAAGAUGGAAAUCUGGGCGAUCCUGGGACAAAAUCUUCGGUGGUCUAAUUUGGGUCAGUUUAGGGGUCCUUGAUGAGAAUAAGUUAGUAAAGUUCCCCACAACCAGUUUCAGUGUAGUCCUUGAGUAAAUGUUGUUAGUUAGUUGUCUGUCAUGUUACUGCUUGGUAUUUUAUUGAUCCCUGUUUGGUGUUUGAUCAGAGGCGAUGUGGUGCUCUGUGCUGCCCCUGCUGGUCAACCUGAGUCCUGCGGUUCUGUUCCUCCUGCAGCUGCCCGGCUGCACCGCCACACGGGAAGGAACCUGGGAGGACUACAAAUAUGGACACCAAGGCUCGGAGCUGCAAGAUAAAAAGCACUUCUGCUCCUGGAAAUGCCUCCUGUUCACUCUGCAGUGGCCCGCAGGUUUCUGUCAGUCUUUGAACAAAGAGACUCUCUGCAGGAUUCCUCAGAGCAUCAACAACUGGACCAUCCACGGUCUGUGGCCUCUUCGGGUGAAGAGUUGCUGCGACUGCUGGCCGAUGUUCCACUCAGACGUCCAGGAGCUGGAGGCGGAGCUGACUGAACACUGGCCGUCCUUACUGCAAGUAAAAUCCAGCUUCCACUUCUGGAGAGAGGAGUGGGAGAAACAUGGCGUGUGUGCAGCAUGUGUGGAAGGAAUGAACUCGCCGCUCAGAUUCUUCCAGAUCUGCCUCAAACUACGAGGACGGUUCGACAUCUACAAAUUGCUGGAGGACGCUGCCAUCACGCCGUCCUGUGAACGACCAUACAAGGUUGCGGAGGUUCAGCAGGUCCUGGCUCCACAUCUGGGUGACAAACAUGAGCUCCAGUGUGUUACAGACGACAAGGACAGAGAGGUGUGGUUUCAGGUGAAGAUCCCUCUGUCUCGCAACCUGACUCUAGGCUGUCAACACCACAGCGACGCUAACGGGGACCCAGCGUCCGGGUCUGGCCCAGGAUGGAACCCCUCCUCUGGGCAUCCCUGCCCUUCUCAAGUCCCUUUCUACUACUUCCCCAUUGACCACGAGGAACCACGGCGGCCCUGCGGCUAACAGAACCACGGCCACCUGGAAAACCUCAACAUCAGCUGGCUGUCCAACUCUGGAGUUUGAAUGCGUGUUGUUAGAGUAACAGCAGUUAUUGCUGCACACUAAAUACUAUAAAUAAAUAAAUGCCAAUGAUGACUUUAAAGUUUGGAUCCAACACCGCUAUACCCGAUUCAUCAAGGUCAGCAGCUCAGCAAAUAAUUAGAUGAAGAAUUCAAAUGUCCUGUUUUAAAGAAAUGUUUUUGGCUCCGAACCACCAAUUAAAUCACUUUUACACUUUCA